AUGCCACCGCUGCGCCGCAAGAAUGGGCGGCAGCCAGCCUGUGAGCCCUGUCGGCGGCGGAAGCUCGCAUGCGACCAUGAACUGCCGGCUUGUCGACGAUGCCAAAGACUGUCCAUGGAUUGCUUCUACCUUGCCAACCCACUCACAAAAGCAAAGCCUAUCAGUGAAUCAGGAGAAACUCCUUCAGAAUCUAGCAUUCCGAGCGACAGCAGCGCCAUGCCGAGGGCAAAGACUUGCCCAGGCGCUGAGUCGACCACGCCUAUUAUCGAGAGCUCUGCGGAGUAUCUUGGACCAGCGAGCUUCACCUCGGUGUUUGUCGAGCAUAGAGAGCGGUUUGAGGUCGAUAAUACUCUGACGAGCUCCGGUGCUGGUGCUACUGGUUACUUGGAUCGCCAGUCACCGGUCCAGCAAGAGACAAACUCCAUCACUCCUAAUCUACUCCAACUCGGCGUGCAAAUUCUGCGGAACAUCCCAGACGAAGAGGCGUGUAAUCUGCUGCUUGUAAAACGUGAAUUCUCUAUGGAUGCAUGCUUCAGAUUAGCGAACUGGCAGGGAUCAAAGCUCACUUGGGAUGAGUAUCGACCUGUGCUCAAUGCACGGACAAACGAAAAUAUGCUUCAGCUCGCUACGCGGCUAUCAAAGUGCACUAUGAUCCCACUGCCUUCUGAGCAGGAUCCGAGUCGCUGGAUCGAGUCAUUCUCGGGCAGCAAGGCGCGAUGGGAAUUCGUCGGCCUUCUUUUCACUUACUGGUCUUAUGGGUGUGUAUCCUUGACACCUGAUAGUAAGGCAAUUGCAUCCUAUUGUGCGGGUCGAACGAUUAAGGGCGCGAAACAGAUGAUGCUUCAUUUCAAAAAAUGCGCGGCUAUGUGUAUUGAGAUGUGCAGUGAGCUCGGAGGAAUCAACGUGCUAUUUGUGCAUCUGCUGUACAAGCACAAUAUCAUGGAGAGCAAUGUAAGCGGCGACAAAAGCUUAUCUUGCUGGCGACAACACGGUGAUACCAUUGCCGUGACCACGUCCAUUGGGCUCCAUCGUGAGCCAGUCUCCGAGUGGAAUGAGGUAUCGUUCCAGCAUGAGCUUAAAAGACGUCUCUACUCGGCGAUCUUCGCUUUUGAUAAAGUCGCCUCCACUCUCACCGGUCGGCCGCCGCUUCUGAGCAGAAGAUACUCGACUACGCAGCUACCUCUGGACAUCAGCGAUCGUGAUAUGUUAUCAGGCAACGUGAGAGCGGCAGCUGCAAAGCUUGAUGCCGACGGGUGGGACCGCAACAGCGGCAGGAGCUUCAAUCAAGCUGCGAUGCUUCGCGCGCGGGCCAUGUUUGCAAGGAACCGCGAGGAGAUACUGGAAGUUCUUGAGUCCUCGUUGGAUCAGAUCUCCGAUUCUGCCAUUGCGACAUGCUUUGAUCUCAAAGCUCAGGCGGCCGCGAUCUAUGCCAAGCUACCCGAAGGGCUCGUUCAUAAAGUCGAGGACAUAGACGACCUAGAUAUACCGGGUCAUUGUAUACACGCGCGAAUCCUUGUCCACUUAGAAUACUUGUUGAACAUGUUCAUGCUGGAGAGACUCUUGACGCGCCAUAAGAUUGUGACCGAGCAGGCGCUCAUGGGAGUGAGCCAAGAGACUCUGUCGCUUACGUUGCUUUACUGGAAACACAAGAAUCGGUUUAUGGGCCUUCACAAUGACUUUUCAUGGCUGGCAAUGUCGUACGGUGCUCCGUGUAGUGGUAUUCUCUGUCUUGAGCUACUACGCCAGACGUCCAAUCCACAAGCUUACAACUUGGAGUUGCCUCGUUCGGAAACCAUUCAAAAACUAAGCUUGUUCGUGGCUUUUCUGGACUGGCUCAAACCUUCUGGCUCCGACAUUUCCGCCAAAGCACAGAUCAAGAACAUCCUGCAAAGAUCGCUAGAUCGAAUUCUUGCUAUGCCUGCUUCCUUAUGUAGUCCCACGAUCGCCAUGGACGAUUUCGGCAUGCACGAUUUUAUCGGUGCAGAAUACCCUCAUCUGGAGCUCUUGAAUACUUUCAAUUGGGUCGACUGGGAUGGCGGGGUAUAG